AAAAGAAAGCAUGAAAGAAUAGAGGAAGAUGUAAUUCUCCUCUAAUUUCAUCAUCGACAACCGUAAUACACGCGCCAGAGUGGAGCGUGAAUGAUGAAAACCCGUGAUCAUCUUUGAUUGUGAUUACAGAAUGCAGACCAAUACAGACCAUCCACCAUUCUUAUUUUACCCAUAAACAAAGAAAUAUCAAAGCAUCGGCCAUUGGAGGAGCUGCUCUCCUCUCUAAAUCCCUUCUCUAUGGUUGGCCCUUAAAACCCACUUUCACAAAUGGCUGUUUCUCUCAAUUUACUCUCCGCCUUCAACUCUACGAAGUGGCAAGUCACUUACGAAAACGUUUCGAGAUCCUCGUUUCCAAAUGUCAGAAAAUCGACGUCCUUAUGUGGGACUUAUUGCACGACUAGAGGAAUUGCAAAGGAGAGAAGACGAGGAUUGUCUCUCUCACUUGCAGCUACAGGCAGCAACCAGGUGGACACAAACACCAAUGAGAAGGGUUCUGAAAUUACCGGAAGAACUCUUUCUAAUGACAAUUCCUCAGCUUUGAGUCAAUCGCCUUCAAAUGCUUCGUCAGAGAAUGGAAUCUCUCAACUCAAUGUUAACAAUGAGUCUUCUUCUCAACUAUCCGAGGCUUCCAAUGGACAAGUAUUGUCUUCAGUACAGAAUCCAGAUACAAGUUCAUCACCUGAUCCACAGUCUACAAAAAAAUCUCCAUUAACUGCAAGAGAAAGACUAAGGGCUGCUCGUGUUCUUAGCCGUUACAACGAAUCGAAGACCUCCAAGUCCGACAUGGGCAGCAAAGUAUUGGAAGCAAUACGAGAGAGUGAUCGUGGGAAGAAAAGGUCGAGGCUUCCAGAAGCACCUAUUAAUUUGUUCGAUGAUAGCAAGCGAGGGAUGCCAAAACCGGGGUGGACGUUUCAGUUCCCAGGUGGUUCAGAUCUGUUCUUCAUUGUCUUUUCGUUCGUUUUCAUUAGUACAGUGAUGUUUGCUACCACCUACAUUGUGUGGAAAGUUGGUGGAAUUCAUUUUAAUGAGUACUGAAGUGCACUGCAUAGAGGUUAAAAAGCCGCCUCUUUUUCUUCUAGAAAUAGGUCUUUGAUCUUCUCAUCUCUUGCUAGAUGCCAUACUCAGUAAUGCUUGCACAGUCUUGUAUGUACAAAACCUUUUUGCUUAACAUUUUGAUUAAGUUCUUGAAUAUGUAGACACGUUUUAUUUCAUUUAGAAAAUUAUGUAAAAAGAAGUUACAGAUUAA